UUAUGGUUACCGAAUGUUAUUGAAACAUUUGUAGUGUCAGUCUCAUUCUUUGAAGGCGUAAAUAUUUAGAUUUUUUGUUUAUUGAGCCAUAAAUCUCACUUCUAAUUCUUAACAAAACAAAUCCUCCACCUGAAAUGGCGGGGACGUAUUAUUUUGUAAUUGUAGGUCACUCGGACAAUCCUAUUUUUGAGAAAGAUUUCAUCCCUGUUCCAAAGGAGGUUAAGAAAGAGGACAACAGGCACUUGAACCAGUUUAUCGCUCAUGCAGCGCUAGAUCUCGUAGAUGAGCAUAUGUGGAAGGUCACCAACACUUACCUGAAGUCUGUCGACAAGUUCAACCAGUGGUUUGUGUCCGCUUUUGUCACUGCUAGUCAGAUGCGCUUCAUAAUGGUCCAUGACGCACGAAAUGAAGAUGGUAUCAAGAACUUCUUUACAGAUGUGUAUGAAGCGUACAUCAAGCUCAUGCUGAACCCAUUCUAUAAGGAGGAUACACCCAUCACACUCCCUGCAUUUGACAAGAAGGUGCAAUUCUUAGGGAAGAAGUAUUUAACAUAGUCCAUUAGUAUUGAUAUCACUAGUUAAUUUAUUGUUGAAAGAUAUGGCAAAUGCUAAGCAAUGUUUAUAUGAUGCUGGUUUUCAGUCCACACUGGAUAAUUCUCAGGACUUGCUUUUUUUAUGCAGUCUACCAACAUUCCAUGGCAAACAACGGAAAUAUCUUUGUGAAAAGAUAAUCAUUGUUUACCUUCAUAAAUAAACAUAAGUGUUCAGUGAACAAAUUUUUGUAUGGAACACUAAUUGUUAUGGUCAAGCCAGUCAAUAUGAGGGUUUAUAUCUACUUCUCUCAAGGGGAAUUAUCACUUUUGUUUCAAUAUCAAUUGAACAUACACCUCUAUUCAUCAUAUGUAAAAUGCUAAUGAAAAAUGUUAAUAUGUUUGCCCCUGCUACACACAAGUAAAUUCAGUAAAUAUGGUCUAGUCUAGGGUAUGAGAAUAUUUGAAAUUUAUACUAUUUUUCAGUCUGUAAAUAAAAAUAAAAGAUAUUUCUUAGUUA